AUGCACUGUGGAACCAAAUCUACAGAUAGACUUGAUGUUGUAAAACGAUUACGAGAGAUAGUACCUGCUGGUACAACAGGUCCUUUGUUGCCUGAUAUUUGCGACGUUGCAAAUAUUCCCAAUAUUCAAAGAUUUAAUUUGACAAUUGCCUUGAGUGGUGGAGAUGAAUGGAAAUUAUUGGCGGAGCGACUGGGUUUGAGUCCGACAGAGAUCCGUUUCCUUGACAACCGAUUUAGAAAUCCUUGUGACGCCGUGUUGGCUUAUGCUCGAGAUAAAGACUUUAUACGCAGUGUGGGAGAAUUAUACGAUAAGCUUGUAAAAUGUAACUUCCCCGUUUGGGCCGAUUUGCUCUAAAGACAAACUUGGAAUCGCUGCUGUCUAAACUUUUGUUUUCCUGUCGUGAAUUCAGAACGACUUCUCCUAUCUUUGCUGGAACUUACCAUUUUUUUUAGUGGUUAAUUCAUAACGCAUGGCAGAUUUUAGAACAGGAAUGGCUCCAGCCUAGUUAAUUUUUUUUCAUGUUUAAAGUGCCAUUACUUUCGUGAAGUAAACGGCAAGUUAAAUCACCUCGGUGUUGAGAUCUUUUUUAUUACUUCAGAAUAUCGGCUGAUGUUUAUGGUAAUUGUUAUUGUUUUACUUAAUUUCUCAAAGAAAAUUUAACACCAUUAUACUAUACCAAGCUUAAUUUGAUACAUUAGACAGUGAUGCAAAGUUAUUCUUCAUAAGAAUAUCCUUUAAUGCAAAGUCUCAAUUCGAGAGUUCCAGGGCUUAGAAAAUUGCAUAGUUGUCAGUAUAGGUGUAUUAUAACUGGCUGCCAUGCAGGUGAAUCUGAAAAAGUCAACAAAAGCCAAUUGCAUUUAGAACAAGGAGCCAGGAUCCUGCCUAAGUGAAACAAUUAGUUUAGGGUAUCGACAUACGCAGCGACAGGAUCUUAUAUAUCGGUUCACCAUGUUAUUUUUGUAAAUUUUAUCGUGAUAUGGCAUCUCAAUUGCGAAUGAAGUGUAGGUAAAACGAUUAUCGCCUAUAGAAGACUUGAGAGUCACGUCAAAAAACAAUUAAUGAAUUUUAAAAGAAAAAAGCUCUCUCUUUUUUCUACGCAAGCCUACUCUCAAAUUCUUUUAUGAUCACGGUUACCAGAAGCGAUGUAGGUAGUAUUUCAGUUGUAGGAUUAACCAAGUUUUAAAUACCUACAGCCUUUUGUUUUAUUAAAUGAUCAUUGAUGAGUAA